AUCGCCAUGUUCCCAUUCGUGAUACCUCGCCUACCGUCACUACCACGAUCCGUUGUCGCCGGCCCUUCCUUUGCAAGGCGAUUCGGUGCUUUCUCACCAACCUGUGUCCGCCGUUACGCGCCGACGACGCAACCAGAGCAAGGCGCAGAACAAGGAGAUGCUUAUGAACGUCUUGCCAGUAGCUUGGAUUCUCAGUCUGCUGAUGUAGAAGCAGUCCUUACCAUGGAACGCACAAGACGGUUCUUCCCGGACAAAGCUUACGCACCCUGGAGCCAGAGCGUAGAUAAUCGCGAAUUCAGUGGUAGGCAAAGGAAGUCACGCCGAAUUCUCGGGCCAUCGAAGAAAGUCGCUAUGCAAGUCGACCCCUUCCAGCUCAACCAAAUCGACCCGCUAGACGAAUAUCGCAACAUUCAACUCCUCAACGAGUACGUGACGGAGACCGGGAGGAUCGUGCGCCGCGCUCAAUCCUUACUGACGUGGCGGAGUCAGCGAAGGAUGGGAAAGGCAAUCAGGCGGGCCAAGGCGAUGGGAUUAAUACCAGUCUGGAGCAAGGUGAAGAACGAGCGUAUGAUGGUAGGACCAUCCGUCACUCUCAAUAAGUAGCAUGUCUGGUAAAGUCUGUUUCUACAGCUUCUUUGUACGUCCUUGGUUGAGCUCUAAUUAUGCACCCUUUGUCG